GUGAAGAAUAAUUAUUAUUGUUAAGGUAUUAAAGCAUAAUUUAAGAUAAUAAAGUAUUUUAAAAAUAAAAUUACACCGAAUAAGUGAGGAGGAAAAAGUGGUUACACACAUAGGUAACAAAAGAAGUUGCAAACAAAGUGGUCGUUAGUUAGUUUUUUGUGUUAAUUAUUUGAAAAAGUCGGUAGAAGAAGUUACGCAAAAGUUAAAAAGCGACUCGGCAAAAGAAAAAGGGUAAAAAACGAAAUAGCAGAACCAAGUCACAAAAUACUUGUUAAACAAAGCAAAAGUAAAACAGAUCAAUUAAGUGCUAAAAACCUGUACUUUAACGUCCGUGUGCGUGUGUGCGAGUUUAGGUGCGUGUGACAAGUGUUUAUUUAUUUCUAACUGAGUGUCUAACGCACAUAUAAAUGAGUAGUGAUACUGCGGUGUCGGCCAAUAAUGGGCCACGCGUUGUAACCAUUUACAAAACAGAAACGGGUUUCGGUUUCAAUGUGCGUGGCCAAGUAUCUGAAGGCGGCCAGUUGCGUUCUAUUAAUGGUGAAUUAUACGCCCCUUUACAGCAUGUUAGUGCGGUGUUAGAGAACGGUGCCGCCGAAAAAGCGGGCAUCAAAAAGGGUGAUCGUAUUUUGGAAGUUAACGGCGUUAGCGUUGAGGGUGCAACGCAUAAACAAGUUGUUGAUCUCAUUAAAUCUGGUGGUGAUUGUUUGACAUUAACUGUUAUAUCGGUGACACAACAAGUGAGUUGAAAAUAAAUUAUUCUAUAGAUACAAAAGAAUCAUAUUAAUUAUGGUUUUGCGUACUUUUCAAAUGAACAAUUUUAUUUCAGUAUUCCGGACUAUAGUAUCGUUAAUCGUAAUGGCGAGCGUUAUAUCGUUUUCAAUAUACAUAUGGCCGGUCGUCAGUUAUGUUCGCGUCGCUAUCGUGAAUUUGCUAAUUUACAUUCAAUGCUGCGCAAAGAGUUUACCGGUUUUAAUUUUCCCAAACUGCCUGGCAAAUGGCCAUUUCAGUUGAGUGAACAGCAAUUGGAUACACGUCGUCGCGGUUUAGAACAAUAUUUAGAAAAAGUGUGCGCGGUACGUGUUAUAGCGGAAAGUGACGCUGUACAAGAUUUUCUUACCGAUUCCGAAGAUGAUAUAUCCGCAUCGCCCGUUGAUAUUAAGGUAAUGCUGCCUGAUCAUGAAGUCACUACCGUAUCGGUUAAAAAAUCUGCCAAUGCUCAAGUUGUAUGGGAACUGCUGGUGCAACGUGCCAAUUUUACCUCCUAUACGCAACAGUAUUUCUAUCUUUUCGAAAUUGUUGAAUACAAUUUUGAACGUAAACUGCAGCCACAUGAAAUCCCACAUCAAUUGUAUGUGCAAAAUUAUAGCACAGCCUCGAGUACUUGUUUAUGCGUUAGACGUUGGCUAUUCUCGGUAACGAAAGAGUUGACUUUGCCUCAGGGCGAACAGGCGGCACGUUUCAUUUUCUACCAGGCGGUAGACGAAGUGAAUCGUGGCAAUAUACGUGCCGAAGGUCGUUUAUAUGAGUUAAAGGCGCUGCAAGAUGCUAAAAAAGCGUCAGAAUAUUUAGCUUUGGCUCGUACGCUACCCGGUUACGGAGAUGUUGUGUUUCCCCAUUGCGCUUGCGAUAGCCGCAAGGAAGGUCAUGUCGUACCGGCUGUAGGCAUGAAAAGUUUCCGCUUACACGCUUGUCGUGAGGACGGCUCCUUAGAAGCUCAAAUGGUCGAGCUGACUUGGGAAAGUAUUACACGCUGGGAAAGCGACGAAGAAUCAAUGGCAUUCUGUUUUCAAUACAAUCGCCCCGAUAAACCAGCGCGUUGGGUCAAAGUAUAUACACCCUAUCAUUCAUAUCUAGCUGACUGUUUUGAUCGAAUAAUAGAAGAACGUAAAUGGGAAGAUACUGGUGAUUAACAAUUGCAACGCUAUUAAGUUAUUCGCUUAAGUUUAAAAACAAAGAAAAAAAAAAAAAGAAAAACAAAACAAAACAAAACAAAA